AUGGGCAAGGGAGGCGCCAUCAACCGAAGAAAGGACCGGGGCAAGAAGAAGGCCGCGGCCCCAAAGGCCGAAGAGCCGCUCGACUGGGUUCAGUGCACCGGAUGCGACAAAUGGCGCCGGAUACCCGCGUCCAUCGUCGAGAAGUUGGGCGAGGAGGACGAAUGGUUCUGCAAGGAGAACCCGGACAAGGCCAUGGCUUCGUGCGACGCCCCCGAGGAGGCUUACGACGACGAGGAUCCCGCGGACGCCGCGCCGAUGGAGGUCGAUGAUUCCUCGCUCGGAUGGGUCGCGUGCGACGCGUGCCAAAAGUGGCGCAGGAUCCCCGCGUCCAUCGUCGACGCCCUCGGCGAACAGGACAAGUGGUUCUGCAAGGACAACCCCGACAAAAACACGGCUUCCUGCGACGCCCCGGAGGAGGCUUACGAGGACGACGCCGCGGACCCGGCGGAGACCGAGCCCAUGGAGACCGAGCCAACGCCCUCGCGGGUACACGCGGCCGACCCCGCGCCGGCGAAGACCCCGGCCGCGGUCACGUUCGCGCCCGACACCGCGCCCGCGCCCGCGCCAUCCCCUCCGAAUCUCGACCUCGCGCCCCACCAACCAGCCCCGUCGGCUCCUCCGGCGACGGGCGAGCCCAAGCCCGAGACGCCCGUCCCGAUCGACGAGACGCUUCAGGGCUCCGCGUACGGCGACUCCACGGGCUGGCGCAGGCCCCCGCUGUCGCGAUGCACCCCCGAGGACUUCAUGCUCGACUUUAUGAGGUUCACCGACUCGCAGGGCGACGACUGGGAAGUCGUGUGGGACAUCCUCGACAACUCGCUCCGGCGAAGCGGCCGACCGAUGGACGCGCUGGGUUUCUACAAGGAGAUCUGCUGGCGCGGCGGGUUCGUCAACCGCGAGUCCGCCAAGAAGCGCAUCAAGAUGCCCGACGUGUUCAAGCAGCUCCACAACCACUACGUCAACCACACCUACACCGACAUCGGCAACAACCUUUUAAACACGUACGAGCGAUACUUUUGGGCGUACGAACGAGCGCACCCGGAGGACGUCUCCAACCAGCGAUGCGUGACGUGCGAGCAGGACAGGGUGGAGAAACCCGGGCAGAUGCUCCGGUGCGACGGGUGCGGGGAUUGGCACCACGCCGAGUGCGCCGCGUUCGACCCGACCGACUCGGGCAUCGUCCGCGGCGUCGUGGAGAUUGUCACGUCAUUCGUGUGCGUGCGAUGCCGCGACGCCGCGAGGAAAGACCCGAAGAGGCUCAUCGCGUUCGAGUCCGAGCGCGUGACGCGGGAGGACCUGGAGGAUCGCAUGAAGCACCGCGCGGAGGAAAACUUCACGCGGCACCUCGCCAUGCAGCGCCGCAGGGGCAGGCGGUACGACCCGAGUUUCGUCCGGCCCACCCGCGACCCCGACGCGUUGGCGAAUAAAACAACCGGAAAGUACGACGACAAACCCAUCGGAACGUGGGCGGCGGCGAAGAACUACGUGCCCCCGAAGAACCACGAGGCGGUGCCCGAUCGAACAACAGCGAAGAAGAGCGAGGAGGAUGGGGAACGACGACCGAACCUGUUGGACGACGGGUGGGUCCCCGCCACCGCGGAGGGUCGCGCCGUCUUCGGCUUGGGUUCCGACGUCGGCGCCGCCAUCGAGUCGGCGGCGAGGGACGCGAUCGCCAAGGAGGCUGCCGCGGUGCGCGCGGCGCGGCUCGCCAAGGAACCGGAGCCGUGGGUCGCCGGCCGCGCGGAGGCGGAGUGGACGGGGGAUCCAAAGCCGGACAUGACCACCGUCGGCGAGUGGCUGGCGGCGCAGGGGAAACUCCACGUCUCGGAUCCCGCGGCGACGCUCGUGUUGAACCGGAACCUUACCCCCGCGCAGGUGGACGCGAUGAGAGCCGCGGGGGAUGCGGCGUUUAAGGAGGCGAGCGCAAAGUUCGGCGCGUCCACCGCGGCGGCGACCGCGGCGAAGGAGCAGCCGCCGCCGGAGCCGCACCCCCAGGAGACGUUCCAGAAAGUCGCCGGUCCACUCAUCACCCACAUCGUCGACGGGGUCAAGACGACGCUACCCGCCGACGAGUUUCGGGCGCGACGCGACGGAACCGCGCCGACGCCGCCCGCCAGGUUGCACGACCCGGACGCGAAGUACCCCGGCAAGGUUCUGAACGACGGGAUGGUCCAGAUCGCGGGUCCCAUCUGGGGGUACGGCUUCAACGCCGCCGAGGCUAACGCGAUGGCGGCGCAGCUGCACAAGACGGGGGACGUGAACUCGAAGGAGAGAAGGGAGGGGAAGGCGAGAUAA